GUUUAAGAACUGUGUGUACACUAACCGCAUGUUUCGUCCAUGCCAACACCUCGAUUCUUUUUUGGCCGUAUUUUAUUUUUUCUCCAUGUUUGCUCGAGCAGGAUGUCUAUCCAGAGUGGCAUGGACCGGCUGCCGAAGAAUGGGGAAUUUUACAUCGUCCACACCUCUGUCCAGCACAUCCUGUGUUCAGUAUGUCCGGGAGAUUGUGUCACAGAACUGUGUUGUGAUAUUUUCUAAGACCACCUGUCCUUAUUGCAAAAUGGCCAAGAAUGUGUUCAAUGAAAUUGGUGCAACCUACAAAGUGAUUGAACUGGAUGAGCACAAUGACGGGAGGAGACUUCAAGAGGCCUUAGCUCAGAUGACCGGUGCCAGAACGGUGCCGAGAGUAUUCAUUAACGGAAACUGCAUCGGGGGUGGCUCUGAUACCAAACAACUCCAUCAGCAGGGAAGGUUGCUGCCCCUGAUCAAACAGUGUGGUCCCUGCUGCGCAGAGAGCAGCUCCGACGGCUCGGGCAGCGGACAGUCGGCUAAAUGACUAACCGUUCUUGUAGCUAUUUUCAAUCCUGUAUUUAUUAAAUGUUUACUUGAUCUCGUGCUACAAGUUGAACAUUGCUUCAGCACGAUUAUGUUAUACAUUUAUCAAAGUGCAUUGGAUACUUGACGUUAGGCUACACAUUUUCAUCCAGUGACGUAAAGUCUUAUUGUUAUUAUUAAAGCUGCCAUCUUUUAAACAAAACCUGUGAAUACUGGAACUAGUUCUCAUCUUUAUGGUUGUUUUUAUUGAACAAUAUUACAGUCGAAACAAAAAGUAUGAUCUCUCUCAGCAUCACGCAUCAUUAAAAUGUGAACAUCAUUGGGCUGUGACAUUGACAGUUUGAUUUAAUACUCAUCUUCACUGAGUUUUUUGAGGUUAUUCUUCAUAUGUUUAAGAUUAAAAUAAUUACAGAUUUGUCUUUGUCAUUUUUUACUUGGCUGUUCGAAGUAUUUUCUAUGUCAAUGUAUCUGAGAUUUAGCAGAAGCUUUUGUUUCUCUCUGAAUGUCUUUGAUAUUCGGUACAUGGUUGGUUUACCAAAGUGUAUGAAUAGCCAAAUGUAUAAUGAUGCAGGUCAGUGUUAUGAAUAUGAAGAUUAAUGGGCGUAUUUAUAACAACCACUCUUAAAUGUUUUCUUAAUGCCUAAAUGUGUAUUUAUGAUUAUAAAUAAAUAUGAAUGAAAGUCUA